AUGACUGAAGUACGUCGUCGAAUGGUCGAAAUGGAUGAAGGUGCAGCGAAAUAUCUUCCAAUGAGUGUCGGUGUGCCUGAUAUUAGUUAUUGUUGGCCUUGCUUUAAAGAUACAAAUAUUAAAAUUCCUGGUCAAAUUGGUCGAAUUAUUGAAUGUUUUCCAUUACAAUUUGAUGCUACGAGUGCAAGAAAACAAGAUAAAAAUGAACAAUCACAUAAUUUACAAGCGUAUUAUCAACUAUUAUGGAAACAAAUGGAACAAAGAACAUUUACAUUACAUCAAUCAAUCUUCAGAUAUUCAAAAACCAAAAAUAUCAAGAGCAAUGCCAAUUAUAUUAAGAAAUAA